AUGUCGAGCAUUCAAAGAUUACCGCCGGAAUACCAGCUGCAAGGCCCACUGGCUACCACCGAGAUGUGGAACGGAAGCACGAUACUUACGGCGCUCGGUAUUGCUGAAAAAAUUCGUGAGACAUUCAACGCUACAAUUUAUGAAGCCGAUUGGUUGAACAACAGCACAAGUGUAAUGGAGCAGAAGUUAAAGAACAUGACUUUAGCAAUUGGAUUCCCGGAUAAUAUUUUGAAUACCACAUAUCUUGAUGGUCUGUACGAACACGUACCCAGAUUCAGUGCCAAUACAACUUUAUUCGAAAUGCUGUACCAUUUUAAACAAAACACAUACUGGAAGCAAUUGGCUUUGUUACGAGUACCAAGGCAAAGGGAUAGGUGGGUGCCAGGCGCCAUAAACGUGGGUGCAUUUUACUCUCCUGUGAACAACCAAAUGGAAAUACCUUGGGCAAUGCUCCAUGCUCCCUUUUUCCAGUCAGGACUUCCUCGUUCCCUAAACUUUGGUGCCCUGGGUGGGCUUAUGGCUCACGAAAUGCUCCAUGCCUUCGACGCAAGCGCUAUGAGAAAAAUAAAGGGCCCAUCAAGUAUAGAACUGGAUCCUAACGCUACAGCUGCGUUUGAAGACAAAAUUAAGUGUUUUUUCAGCCAAUACAAAAACGCCACCAAAACGCUGUGGAAGAAUAUCAACGCCACGCACUUUGAGGACUCCCAGGAAGAUUUUGACAAAAACCAAUUUGAAGGUCGAUUCCGUAAGUUAGCAGAAGAGAUGAAGCUGUUGUUUAACGGGGUAAAAUAUGCGAGAACAUUGGACGAUGACAUCGUGGACAACGGAGGCCUGCAGACGGCUUUUAUGGCUUACUCCAAAGUACUUGAAAACGAAUGCGACGGUAUAGAUACCCGUCUACAAGGCAUGGACCACUUUUCGGGGAGGCAGCUGUUCUUCGUUUCAUGGGCAUCGACUUUUUGUCGCAAUGUAACGAAAGAAGGAAUCCUCCGUCAAAUUGAAAACGAUGCACACAGCCCUGAGCAACUCAGGGUAAACCUAGCCCUCAGAAAUUUUCCACCUUUCGCAGAAGCGUUCAGUUGCUCAAAUACGUCGUAUAUGAACCCACCUGAUACAGAAAGGUGCACUUUAUGGUGAUAAAACUGGACAGAAGUUCACGAUGGAUGUUAUGAACCCCCAACAAGUUGGACGAAGUCUAUUAAAAUGUCGAAUUUCGCUAGCUACAUGCAUGUGUACAAAGUGUUUUGUCGUUUUCAUUCGUAAUGAAAUCAAUAAAUGUAAUCUGGGAUUGCCCAC